AUGCGGAUGAUGAAAUACAGAGGAGUUGAUGAAACAGAGGAGGAGCUAGGCAUGGAGGCUCAUACAGAUAGAAAUGUGCUCACCAUAGUUUGCCAGAACGAUGUAGCAGACGGAGGGUUAGAGGUGAGAACCAAAGACGGUAGCCACUGGAUCAAAGCCAACCCUUCUCAAGAUUCUUCAUUCCUCGUCAUUGGUGGAAGUAUUCUGCAUGUACUGUUGAACGGCCGGGUGCAAUCUGCGGUUCACCGUGUGGUGAGGAUGGGGACGGAAACAAGGUACUCAGCUGGACUUUUCUCUAUGCCAAACACCGAGGAUUUGAUAAGUGCACCGGAGGAGAUGGUUGAUGCCGAGUAUCCUCGCCUCUUUAACCCCUUUGAUUUUGAAGCAUACUAUAAGUUCACCUGCGAGGGAUCCGGAAGGUAA